AUGCCUGCCACUGAGCUUACGGACAUAGCAGCAGUCAAAGAUGCCAUCGGUCCUAUCGAUCCUAACAAACCGGUCUACAUGCUCAAUAUUUUGAAGUUUCGCCCCGUCGCUAUUUACGACCCUACCGCUCCAGCCGAUUUCCACUCUCUCCCCGCUUGUAGCGGUCAAGAUGCGUGGCAACAACGUUACGUGCCUGCUUUUUUCGCCCUUCCUACAAUGAAUGGCACUCGUGUCCCAUUCUCCGGCAAAAUGGUUGGGAAGGUGCUAGGGCUGGAGGACGAUGAUUGGGAUGAAGUGGCUCUUGUGCAAUACGAGAAUAUUGGAGUUUUCAGAGACACAAUUGCGAGCGAAGAGUACAAGCGACUUGUAGUGCCGCACCGAGUUGCCGCUCUGGCUGAUGCGCGAUUGUUUGCGUUUGAGUUUUCAGGUUCUCUUUGA